UGUACGACGACCUGCUGUCCAACUACAACCGCCUCAUCCGGCCCGUCGGCAACAACUCGGACCGCCUCACCGUCAAGAUGGGCCUCCGCCUCUCCCAGCUCAUCGACGUGAAUCUGAAGAAUCAGAUUAUGACGACGAACGUGUGGGUUGAACAGGAGUGGAACGACUACAAGCUCAAGUGGAACCCGGACGACUACGGCGGCGUGGACACCCUCCACGUUCCUUCGGAGCACAUCUGGCUGCCCGACAUCGUCCUCUACAACAACGCGGACGGCAACUACGAGGUGACCAUCAUGACGAAGGCGAUCCUGCACCACACGGGCAAGGUCGUCUGGAAGCCGCCCGCCAUCUACAAGUCCUUCUGCGAGAUCGACGUCGAGUACUUCCCGUUCGACGAGCAGACGUGCUUCAUGAAGUUCGGCUCGUGGACCUACGACGGGUACCUGGUGGACCUCCGGCACAUCGCGCAGUCGCCGGACUCUGACACCAUCGACGUGGGCAUCGACCUCCAGGACUAUUACCUGUCCGUCGAGUGGGACAUCAUGAGGGUUCCCGCGGUGCGCAACGAGAAGUUCUACAGCUGUUGCGAGGAACCCUACCCCGACAUCAUCUUCAACAUCACGCUGCGCCGCAAGACCCUUUUCUACACGGUCAACCUCAUCAUCCCCUGCGUCGGCAUCUCGUUCCUGUCCGUGCUCGUCUUCUACCUGCCUUCCGACUCGGGGGAGAAGGUGUCGCUGUGCAUCUCGAUCCUGCUGUCGCUGACCGUGUUCUUCCUGCUGCUGGCCGAGAUCAUCCCGCCCACGUCGCUGACGGUGCCGCUGCUGGGCAAGUACCUGCUCUUCACCAUGGUGCUCGUCACGCUGUCGGUCGUCGUCACCAUCGCCGUGCUCAACGUCAACUUCCGGUCGCCCGUCACGCACCGGAUGCGGCCCUGGGUGCACCGCCUCUUCAUCCAGAUGCUGCCCAAGGUGCUGCUGAUCGAGCGGCCGAAGAAGGACGACGCGGUGGACGAGGAGGACGAGGCGCCGGACGGCGUCCUGCUGGACACGCCGCCCGACGUCGACAAGUACCUGGGCUUCGCGGCGGCGGCCACGGGCGGCGGCGGCGGCAGCCUCAGCCUGGGCGGCAGCGUGGGCGGCAGCGUCAGCCUGGGCGGCGGCGGGGGCGGCGGCAAGCGCUUCUCGGCCGACUACGACCUGCCGCUGGCGCUGCCCGCCGCCGCCUUCGGCGACCAGGGCCUGCCCCCGCUGCCGCUGCCGCUGCACCCGGGCAUCCCGCUGCCCGCCGCCGACGACGACCUGUUCGGGGGCGCCGCCUCCUGUCCCGCCGCCGCUGCCGCCGCCGCCGCCGCCGCCGCGCUGCACCCGCACGACGUCAGCCCCUCCUUCGACAAGCCCACUCACGAGAUGGAGAAGACCAUCGAGGACGCGCGCUUCAUCGCCCAGCACGUCAAGAACAAGGACAAGUUCGAGAGCGUGGAGGAGGACUGGAAGUACGUGGCGAUGGUGCUGGACCGGCUGUUCCUGUGGAUCUUCACGAUCGCGUGCGUCAUGGGCACGGCGCUGAUCAUCCUGCAGGCGCCUUCGCUGUACGACACGACGCGGCCCAUCGACAUCAAGUACUCCAAGAUCGCCAAGAAGAAGUUCAUGAUGAUGAUGGGCCCCGAGGAGGGCUAGGACCGGCGCUUCACAUUGCACACCCCUGUCGGAAUGGGAAACUCUUCGUCGCUGCCCUCCCCCUUCGCCAAGUUGGCCUACGCUCUGUGGCUGCUCUCGUAAAGCCGAGACAGCGCGGUCAGCCGUUUACCGCGAGCUGUUGCCAACCUGUAGGAGACGCCGCGCGCCCAAGUCUCUGGUGAUGAUGCUCGGACCGCGGUGGUUCUCUUGACGACUGCCGGCGGAUCUGCUGGGCACACGUACUACAGUACGAGAAAAGAGACCACGAAUCUGUACGAGCACGACAGCGCGAGCUACAUUUGUUGGUCCCUCCCCGACGUACGUACAGGUCCAAAAAAGUUCGAUGCAUCAGGAAAAUCAGUACUUUUUAUGGAUAUGUAUUACUUAUGCAGAGAAAGGAGAAAAUACGUAGAGAACAUAGAGGUUCUAGCGAACUCAUGAGACGAAUUCUUCCCGCAACUGGACGCUACAAGUUUACCAUCUUCGCGACCUCCUUUUUUACGAGUCGUCAGUUGUCUGACUUGUUAGAUGCGUGAUGAAGACCGCCGCGUAUUUGAUCCGUGCCAGCCUCUUCAUCGUGGAGUAGCAUAUUCAUCCAAAGUCUUCAAAGUAUUCGUUGAAUAUGCUCCAAUCUCUGCCUUCCCAUAAAUUUUUCUCGUACCAUGGAAGCUAUCCCCUAACGUCUUUAUGCAUGUCCUGUAGUCCUCUCCCGUCUCGUGUCAGCGUUUUCCAUAUGUUUCUUUCUUUGCCGAUUCUGUGGACAGCGUCUUUAUUUCUUAACUCAUCAAUCCAAUUAAUUUUCAGCACCCUUCCAUAGCACCUCGUACACAGAAACUUCUUUCCUCAGAUUAAAACCGAUAUCUUAA